UCAGUCUGGAGGUUCUCUUGGGCUGAGGAGGCGGCGGCGGCUCCUCCGGCUCCAUCAUGUCGGCGGGCGGAGACUUCGGGAAUCCGCUGAGGAAAUUCAAGCUGGUGUUUCUGGGGGAGCAGAGCGUUGAAAAGACAUCUUUGAUCACCAGAUUCAUGUAUGACAGUUUUGACAACACCUAUCAGGCAACAAUUGGCAUUGACUUUUUAUCAACAACAAUGUACUUGGAGGAUCGAACUAUCAGGCUGCAGCUGUGGGAUACUGCGAGUCAGGAACAUUUCCGUAGCCUCAUUCCCAGUUACAUCCGUGACUCUGCUGCAGCCGUAGUAGUUUACGAUAUCACAAAUGUUAACUCAUUCCAGCAAACUACGAAAUGGAUUGAUGAUGUCAGAACAGAAAGAGGAAGUGAUGUUAUCAUCAUGUUAAUAGGAAAUAAAACAGAUCUUGCUGACAAGAGGCAAGUGUCAAUUGAAGAAGGAGAGAGGAAAGCCAAAGAGCUGAAUGUUAUGUUUAUUGAGACCAGUGCAAAAGCAGGGUACAAUGUAAAGCAGCUCUUCCGACGUGUAGCAGCGGCUUUACCAGGAAUGGAAAACACACAGGACCGAAGCAGAGAAGACAUGAUUGAUAUAAAACUGGAAAAGCCUCAGGAGCAACCAGUUAGUGAGGGAGGCUGUUCCUGCUAAUCUCCCAAGGCGUCUUCAACCCUGCAGAAACUCACUGCUUUGGCCCUAUACUUUUUCACUGACUGCAGUGUGAAUAUUGGCUUGAAUCUUUCCCCUUCAGUAAUAACGUAUUGCAAGUCAUCAUUGCUGCCUGUCUCGUGGAGAUGACCUAUUAGCUUCACAAGCACAAAAAAAGUCAGUGUCUUCAUUAUUUAUAUUUU